AACGAAAUGCCGGGAAUCGACGGCAUGGCUGGCGAUGGCGAGACAAACCCAACCACGGUUUUAUUUAUUCUAUUAUAUCACUCGUGAGUUUAUCGGUGUUUGGUUUAGAAGUUGUGUGCCAGUGUGCCAGUAUCGGUAGUUUAAAAUACGAAAUUUUUGCCAGUGUGUCAUCGCUGUCAUUGGCUGGGCGGGGGUGCGGCUCUUUUUCUAUUUCACCGAUAAACGAUAGAUAAAUAAGGCAACAAGUAAAGUCAACCCUUGUAGAAAUAAUACAAAAUACAAAUAAAUACCGGAAGGCGGGUAAACUGAUUUCCGAGUUUUGGGUUGUCUUUGAAGAAAGCACAUGUGUUAAAAAAAUAUAUAAAAAGUGUUUAGGUACCUAUGAAGUAGCGAGAUAAUUUUAGAAAUUUAAUUUAGAAAAUGGAUCUUCAAGAUAAUAAGUUAGUGUUCAAAGAACUACCUAUGGGACCUUUAACUCGCUAUAGGAACCAAUCUAGGUUUGAUUGGAGGAAAUUAAAAUUGUUUUUCGAAGAUGAAGACCUUUUAACUAUGAAAUUGGUGGUAUGGAAAACGUUAGAAAAAGAUCCGUUAUUUAAUAGACCCGUAAUCGAAAGUUCCACAGACGAAAAGAAAAGGAUAGCGGCAUUACAGUUGAGAAAAUAUAUAGAUUAUAGAUUCGUAACUUCCGAAUUAGAAAAGCCAUAUCGAAAAAGGACUAGACUAUUGAUGGCCUGCAAUGAAGCCUUAGCCGUUACUUUUCCGGACGUUUCUAUAAAACACGCUCUAGGAAUAGGACUCUUUAGUAAUACUAUACUCACUUUAGGUACGGACAAACACCGGCAUUACGCUUAUGCAGGUAAUAAGAUGUUGUCGUGUCUAGCACUAACCGAAGUGGCGCACGGUAGCAACACGAAACAAAUGAGGACCACAGCUACUUACGACGCACAUACCAAAGAAUUCGUCAUCGAUACGCCUGACUUUGAAGCCGCUAAAUGCUGGGUAGGAAAUUUAGGUAAGCAAUGCACGCAUGCUCUUUUAUUCGCGCAGUUAUACACCAAAGGACAAUGCCAUGGAUUACACGCAUUCGUGGUACCGAUUAGAGACCCCGACACGCUUUUACCGUACCCUGGAAUCCUGUUAGGCGAUAUGGGUGAAAAAAUCGGCUUGAACGGUAUAGACAACGGAUUUAUAAUGUUCAAGAACUUCCGAAUACCCAGUGAUAAUCUUUUGAACAGAACGGCCGAUGUAACGCCGGAAGGCGAGUACGAGAGCUCCUUCACGGACCCGGGCAAGAUCCUGGGGGCUGCUUUGGAGAAUCUGUCUAUGGGCAGAGUGGGUAUCAUGCAAGAGUGUUCCAAUAAUUUGAUAUGCGUCGUUACUAUUGCCGUCAGGUACGCGGCGGUGCGAAAACAAUUCGCUCCAAAUGGGGAAGGAAACAAUAACAUGAACGAGUUGCCGAUUAUCGAGUAUCCGCUGCAUCAAUGGAGGUUAUUUCCACACAUGGCGGCGGCCGCUGUAUUAAGAGUAUUCGUUAACGGUUUUACUGAAACCUACUUAACUACAGUCGAAAAAUCAACUACCUCAGUAGAGUUACAGAAUUUAAGCGAAAUGGUAUCAGAAAUACACGCCCUAGUCUCCGUCGCCAAACCCCUGAUGAGUUUUGCGUCCAGAGAUGCUGCACAGGAGUGCAGAGAAGCCUGUGGCGGUCACGGGUUUCUAAAAGGCGCUCGGCUGGGCGAAAUCAGAAAUACCGUGGAACCUUGUCUAACGUACGAAGGCGACAAUAACGUACUGAUGCAGCAAACCAGCAACUGGCUGUUGAGACAAUAUCAGGCAGUCGCGGCUGGAGAGAAAUUUUCGUCUCCGCUGGGAAGCUGUUCGUUCUUUUCGGAUUUCAAAACGAUAAAGAACCUUAGGAGUAACGUUAGGAGCGUUUCUGAAGUACAAGUUAAGGAAUUUAUAAUGGCUUCCUAUCAAUGGUUGAUCUUGUACCUGGUCGAGGAAACCGACAAGAGAAUGAACGAAGUAAUGCAAAGCGGUUUGGAUAAAUUUACUGCCCGUAAUGAAUCUCAAGUAUAUAGGGCGUCAGUAUUAUGUAGGGCGUACGGUGAAUACACGGCUCUCAGGUAUUAUUGGGCUAGAGCCGAAAAGGCCGACAGCAGUUUGGAAUCAACAGUAACCAACCUCGGCAUUAUGUACGGCUUGUGCGGUUUAGAUAAGCAUUUGGCGUACUUUUAUCAAGGCGGUUACGCGCGGCAACCUGAGUUUGCGCAACACAUCAAAGAGGCCAUUUUGGAUUUGUGCAAGAAACUGAAAGGGGACGCGCUGUCUGUCAUCGACGGUCUGGCGCCGACGGAUUAUGUCGUCCAUUCGGUCUUGGGAAAAUCCGAUGGAAAGCUGUACGAAAAUCUGGAAAAAUUAAUAAAGGAAAGUCCUAGUGCGACGUCCAGACCAUCUUGGUGGCGCGAAAUCGUUUACGACAGUGUGGAACUGUCAAAACUCACCAGCAAACUUUGAACGAAGCUACUAGAAAAUUGAUUUAAUAAAAAUGCACAAAUUUGUUUCGAAUUUUUUUAAAUUUAUAUACAAAUUUUAUUGAAAAAUGAAAGCAUUUAUUUCUUAUAUUUACCAAAUAAUGAACCAUGAUGUAUUUUUGU